CGCCAACCCCACCUCCUCCUCCUCCCCCUCCACCAACCCCUCCACCACCUCCUCCUCCUCCUCCUCCUCCACUGCCCCUUCGCAGGAGCGCCAAUCGCUCCGUUUAUUUCCUUGUUUAUGCGGCCGUAAUUCCUCGCCAUGACUUCACUUGGGAGGAUCCCCCACGCCGGCAGAGUUAUGUGGAUUGAUUCCACUCCCCCCCCGAGAGACACAAAGUCCGGACUUCUCACCCCCACCCCUCCUCCGAACCCACAUUGUCAGUCACAUGGUUGAGUGAGUUCUGCCCCCCCCCCCAUCCCCCGGUCCCCACAACGCCGACACACACUAAACAUGGGGGAGGAGGUACGUGGGGACACUAAAAGUCCCUCCUGUUUUAAACCCUUCUCAGGACUGGGAGGUCAUUAAUUUCGGCGAGCCUUUUCGGAGACGCUGACACGGCCAUCAAUCAAAUGUGUUGUUACCACCCGGGUGACCCUGAUCACCGCACCGCUACGCACAAACGGACCACACACACAUGCGUGCCUACGCACACACACACACACACACACACACACACCUCGUACGUAGGAAGAGGCUAAAGCCUGUGUUGCCAGCCUAGAGGGUCCUGAGUGGCCUUAGGGGGGGGGCUUGGGGCUGAAUAAGGGAAUCCUCAGUCCAGAAGGCGUGGCAGACAUGUUUAACAAUGUCGAACAAUAUCGGAACAAUAUCGAACGGUGUCGUUGACGACGGGCGGGCUGGGGGGCUCGCACUAAUACUAAUACGAAUACGAAUUUGAAUUCCCAUGUUUCUGAAUUUCUGAAUCCUAAGCUUUCAAUGCGGUCUAAUAAAAGAGGUGACAUCUUAUCAUUUGUAGCCUAACUUUGCAAGGUGGUUUCCUUUUGUGAGUUGUAAGGAAGUCAUUUUUGAUGGAAUACUUGGAAUAAUAAAACAGAUCCGUUCAUGGCUCAUGGCUCAUGGCUCAUGUCUAAACACCGCUCCUAACCGUUCACAGGCUUCUCCUCCGCUCUCAUUAUGUGGGUUUUUCCGGCGUCUCUGUCGGCCUCGGAGGAACAAAAGCGUCUUGUUUCCGGGAUCGGAGUGCCGGCGUCGGCGAUGUGAAUGACCAUCGAGAGCACAAGCCAAAGCCCCCGUGACGGGGGGGACGGGGACGUGGUGGGGGUGUCUGGUUGCCAUGUCUGUGAUGAUGUCACUUUGCCAAAACUGAAGCGAAACCAAAGAGUGGAUUUAAUGAGUUGAGCGAUGGCCGCCGUUAAUCUCUCCACAAACCCGCCGUCGUCCCGCAACAUUUCUGCUUCAGUUUUUUUCAGCUUCGGUUUUUUUCUACAUCUGUGUCUUUUGUGUGCUGUCGGCCCAAUGGUGUGUUCUCAAAAGAUAUUUGUUCUUGAUAUUUUUUCUGAAUAUGUUGUUGCUUUGUAAAAAGGACGAAGUAGGUUUUUUCACCCCCUAAGUUCCCAUAAAUGUGUGCGUCAUACCUUUUGUGUAGCACAAGGUGAGUGGCUAUCUGAAUAGAAAUUAAGAAACACUGAAAUGUAGCUUGUUUUGUAGCCGUUUGUUGUGGCUGUGUUUUGUAGCUUUCUGGGCGCCUGGAUUUGGGCGCUGGUUUGGGGGGGUGGGGGGUUAGGUGGGGUGGGUUUGUGUUAAGCUAGCGCUAAUUAGAUCAAUGCUAUCUGUUGCACUAUCCCGUUGCCUUCUGGAAUUAGCAUAAGAAAACACUUUUAUGGUCACCCCCCCUCCCAACUCCCUCCCUCCCUCACACAAAACUGACCCACUCGUUAAGUCUCUCUCUCUCUCUCUCUCUCUCUCUCUCUCUCUCUCUCUCUCUCUCUCUCUCUCUCUCUCUCUCUCUCUCUCUCUCUCUCUCUCUCUCUCUCUCUCUCUCUCUCUCUCUCUCUCUCUCUCUCUCUCUCUCUCUCUCUCUCUCUCUCUCAAGAUGGACAAUAAACAGUUGAAAAACCCCACCACUCUUUAAUAAAAGCAGCAAAAGUUUACUUUACGCCAAACUAAGAAAAGGAAUGGAAAAUAAAAUCAUUAUCAGUGAUGGUAAACUGAAAAGCCAAACCCCAAUUAGUUGUGACUAAACAGACACACGCACAUCUGGGAUAAUAUCAAAUGCACACCAACAUGCGUGUUUGUGUUCAUAUAGGAAAAAGGAAUUACAACAAGUGGUUAUGUGUUUUAGAUCCAACAACGGAUAUGAAGACAUUGGUCCGUGAACCAGGACAAGAUAUAGCCACAACCCGCCUAGAUGACCCAAAACCCAAACAUCAUGUUUAGAACAAUCUGUCAACAGUCUAACAAUGGCCUGAUUCGCCUUAAGGUCAACAUAUCUUUAACCAUGUUGGGGCAUUGUCUCCAAACUUCCUCCGCCUUUUAAUUGAACCGCUCGGGGCCCGGGACUUUCUGGUUAAAUGGACUGUUCAUUAUUGCGAGGUAUUUUACUGCGAGCUGUGAGGUGAACUUUAAUGAAUCCCUGGCACAAAGCGCCCCUUUCACCACCCCGCAAGAAUGGAGAGCCAUUUAGAGGCUGCAGGGCUUUAUGUCAAAGGCAGACCAUAAUAGUCAUCAGGCCAGGGCAGAAGUUCCCACUAGCCCUGGGAAUGCACCAGAAAUAAACUUGGUGGACUGGCUUGAAGAUUAGAACGAGACAGGGAUUGGGUUCUGCUUCGUAACGUCGGCGGGGCAUCUGUUGGGGGCUGAGAGAUUUUCACACAGAAGAAGAAGCGCUUGUUGUUACUGUACAACCCCGGCCCGCUCGCCCCGCGGGCCGGGGUUUAGCUGUGUUAAUGGAAUAUUAAUGAGUUGAGACCAGAGCACUGGUUGACGGGCCGAGCGAGUUGUUUCUGGAUGGGAAGGUUUAAUGGUUGACCGUUUUCAGGGCUUUCUGAGCAGAGGCGAAUCAAUAGAGAAAAUAAGCUUUUUUUUUUAAGUGUUGUGAGUUUAUUCCAAUUCAUCAAACGGAGUCUCGGCAUGUUUACUCCGUUUUGUAGCUCCUUUUUUCUCCACUUUACGUUUUUUAUCAAACCGCUUUUCAAAUAAUGUUGAAAAUAACACGGAUGUUCAGGAAGAGCUGGUUUUGAAGGGUUUUAACGUUGGGGUUUAUCCAGCCAGGGUUUUACAAUAAUAUCCCCUAAAGCUCGAUGCUUUGGUUCAGAGGACACGUGAACCCCUAGCAUCACAUCUCUACGCUCCCUUGCCGCGGCCAUUGUCUUUCACCCAGCAGGGAACAUCACAGAAAUCCCUUCUUGGUUUGCAGGUGGUCGGAUGGCAGCAAAGAGUUAAAUCCCUUUGGGCCGUGUGCCCCCCGAAACCCCCACCCCUCCACCCCUCCUCCCUUCUUUUGGAUGUUGUGAUGUCACAAGUCCCUCCCCUCGGCUCAGCCCUCCUCCUGUUGCUUGCCUCUGUGUGCAACAGUUCCUCUCCGGACUGUUUACGGAGGGACUUCCAUGACGGCGACCGGAGCUGCCGUUGUGUGAGAGUGUGGCCGUGUGUUUUUUUUAGUUUACCAGGGACAAGAGUUGGUCUAAGGAAGCUGCUUCAAGGGUGGACGAUGCAAUGAAGGGUGAGGUCUGAGUCCGUCUCGUUGGUGUUUUUGAUCCGACGGGAAGGGGGGGUGGAAUCUGGGCAGAUGCCUGUGAGCUCCGCAGCGUGAUGGCUGUCAUGAACCCCCAGUUCAUGAGUUUCUGCUUCCCGGGUGGAGGCGCGACGGUGGAGUACAGCCCGGAUCCAGGGGGUCUGGACGGCGUUCUCCAUGCUGAGCAGCAGCAGCAGCAGCAGAACCACCACCACCACCAACACCACCACCACCACCACCAGGACCUCCACCAGCACCACGACCGCCACCACCAUGACCACCACCAGCACCAGCAGCAGCAGCACCAACCCCACCAGGAGGAGGACGAGGAGGGCGGCGGGUACCGCGAGACCACCCGGGACCUGCUGAGCUUCAUCGACUCGGCCUCCAGCAACAUCAAGCUGGCUCUGGACAAGCCCGUCAAGUCCAAGCGGAAGGUCAACCACCGGAAGUACCUCCAGAAGCAGAUCAAGAGGUGCACCGGCGUCCUCAGCCCCACCGCCAACGCAGACCCGCAGCCGGGGAAGACCCCGCUGAUGACCUGCUCCCCGCCGACGCCCCCUCUGGCCCCCGCAGGGGGGCUCCAGGGCAGCCCGCCGCCGCCGCCCUGCCCCGUGCAGGGGAAGGCCCUGCCCAAGCGGGGGGGGGUGGACAAUGGCGGCGGCGGCGGCGUCCAGGCCAGCCUGCAGAGCAAGAGCCUGGCGGCGCUCUUCAACCCGGGCCAGGACGCCCGCGGCGAGGGCAAGGCCAACCGGAAGCCCCCGCUGCGCCACCGCAACCUGCCCCCGUCCUUCUUCACCGAGCCGGCCGGCCGGCACGGCGGCGGCGGCGGCGCCGGGGGGCCGGCGUGCUCCACGUCGGGCGUGACCCUCGGGGAGCUGGAGCGCGGGGACCCCGACGCGGCCGAGUUCUUUGAGCUGCUGGGGCCGGACUACAGCAACAUGGCGGCGGCGGCGGAGGCGGAGCACGGGGAGCUGUUCCAGAACCUGCCGCCGGCGGAGAUGGCACUGAGCUCGGAGGCCGGGGCGCCGUUCGACGCGCACCACGGGCUGGGGGGGCUGCUGUACCCGGAGCCAUGGGGCGGAUGUACGGCGGCGGAGUUCAGGAAGGGAGGAGGAGGACAUGGAGGGGGUGGGGGGGGGCAGCUUCCGUUGUACAGUCUGGGGGACGGCGUGUGCGGGGACGUGGAGGAGGGCUCCCUGUGCGGCUUGGCGUUCCCCAACUUCUUCUCAGACUCUGCCGGCGCGACCCUGUCCUACGACCUGGGCGGGGGAGGGGGCUACGGAAGAGCCCACUUCUCCUCCCUAUGAGACCUGGAGAGAGUGUGUGUGUGUGUGUGUGUGUGUGUGUGUGUGUGUGUGUGUGUGUGUGUGUGUGUGUGUGUGUGUGUGUGUGUGUGUGUGUGUGUGUGUGUGUGUGUGUGUGUGUGUGUGUGUGUGCGUGCGUGCGUGCGUGCGUGCGUGCGUUGGUUUCACAUCUCUAUUAACGUAUGGAGUUUUUUGUGUGUGAUGUUUUCCUAUCUAUAUAUGGACAUCUCUUUAAACGUGUGUGUGUGUGCAUGAGUGUGUAUUGGUUGUGUGGUAUGUUGGUUUCACAUCUCUAUUGACAUCUCUAUAAACAUGGAUUUGAGUGUGGGUGCGUGCUCGUGUGUGUAUGUACUGUUGUUGAGUAUGUGUGUGCGUGUGCUGUGCGUUUGUUUCUGUGUCGAUGAACUUUGACCUUGUGGCGUAGCAUGUGACACGUUGACCUGUCUCAGAAAGUGAGCCACAAGUUUUUAAUCUGGUGUAAAUUAAUGAAUUUUAUAUCAUCCUUUUCUUUCAACACUGUUAUGUAUUUUGGUAUUUUGCUAAAAAAGAAGUUUCGUACACUUCAAGAGCCUAGAGAUAUCGUUAGAACUUUUGUUUUAAACGGGUUAAAAUGUUAUUCCAUGAAUAUUAUAUCUUUCAAAACAUAAAAUACAGGGAUUUCUAAUAACUGUGUGUGUGUGGAUGUGUGUGUGUGUCCGUGUUUAAUGCGUGUGUGUGU